AUGUCGACCAAGAUCCAUACAUCUUUCUAUCCAGACUUGGAUAUCAAGCCAGUCGAUCUGCUGUCGUAUCUUUUUUCCAACCCCGCAGGCACCAAUCCCAAUCAUCCGUUGUAUAUUGAUGCCAUCUCGGGAAAGCAAUACACCUACCAGGAUGUAUCCAAACGAACAAAGUCCCUAGCAACUGGCCUGCGACAAAGCUUUCACCUCAAGCAGGAUGAUACAGUGGCACUAUUUAGCCCCAACACGAUAGAAUAUGCUAUUGUGUGCCAUUCCAUCAUUGGGUCCGGAGCAACUGUCGCCCCAAUCAGUGCAUCCUUGACAGACAGCGAGCUGUACGAUCAAUUAGUGACAUGCCGAGCCCGGUUCAUCAUUGUACACUCAGCGCUGCUCGCCAUUGCACAGAAAGCAGUUCAAGGAACUGCCGCCAAAAUAAUUAUUUUGGAUGGCUCUCCCAGCACUGAUGGCCAGCUGACAUGCGAGUCUAUGGCUACCUCGUUCCCACCGGAUGACUUCGUCAAGAUCCCCGUUAGCGAGCUAGCCUCCAAGCCUGCGUUCAUCUGCUUCUCAUCGGGUACAUCCGGCCCAGCCAAAGGAGUAAUCGUCACGCAUCGCAACAUAGUUGCUAAUCUCCAGCAAAUGCGAGAUUUGAUGGUAGACUCCGGUCGUCCCUCCCAACGGCCGCAACGACGAGUCGGGCUUGCCUUUCUCCCCUUCAGUCAUGCUUACGGAUUGAGUCUUUUCCUCUGCCAGAGCAUCCAAUGGGGAACAACGACGGUCGUGAUGCCAAAGUUUGACCUCGAUUUGUACCUGAGCUGCGUCGAGAAAUACCGGCCAGAUGAACUGUCGAUAGUCCCGCCGGUCGCAUUGAUGAUGGUCAAGGAUGACCGGCUGGCAAACUACGAUCUUCGCAGUGUGAAAUUGAUUAUGUCCGCGGCAGCGCCACUUGGUAGCGAGCUGGCGUCUGCACUUGAAGACAAGUUCAAAAAGCUCUUCCAAACGGAAGUGUUUUGCUACCAGUCGUGGGGUCUUACGGAAGUGUCUCCCUUGGCUUCGGCGACUCCAAAUGAUCGCAGAGAUAAAAGAAUGCUUCACGUGGGCCGUCUUGCUGCCAAUAUGCAACUGCGCAUCGUCGAUCACGAAACACUGAAGGAUGUAGACUCAACGCAGACUGGGGAGAUCUGGCUACAUGGACCCAACGUGACUCCGGGGUACUUUGAGAAUGCCGAGGCGACAAAAGAAGCUUUUCACACCGAGGUGGAUGGGACACGUUGGUUCCGAACGGGGGAUAUCGGGAUAAUUGAUGACGAGGGGUUUAUCACGAUCUUCGAUCGCAUCAAGGAGAUGAUCAAGUAUAACGGACUCCAGGUAAUUCCGAGUGAGUUGGAAGCACUGCUGCUUGAUCAUCCCGAUAUCCAGGACGCAGCCGUGGUUGGUCGAUGGGUGGACGAGCGAGCAACCGAGGUUCCUGUUGCAUUCGUCGUUCUUAAAGAUCAAGGUCUGGCGAACCGGGAAUCUCUGGAGGUAGUAACGACUGCCAUUCACUCCUGGCUUAACCCUAAAAUCGCCAAUCACAAACGACUUCGUGGAGGGAUUCACUUUGUCAAGGAAAUUCCGAAGAGUCCCAGUGGGAAGACUCUGAGAAGGCAUCUUCGGGUAGCACUUCAGAACAGCAAGAGCCCGAAAGCACAUCUUUGA